UGGAAUGCUCGUUCAUUCGGAAAGAAAGCGACAGAAAACGGUUUUCUUUAAGUAUUCCGCGACUUGGAAAAAUUUCUGAGACGGUGCCAAAGAGACGUUUCCCGAUUAGCUUUCGGGUAUCCGCGUGUAUCAUCGCUGACAACGAAGGAGUGAGUGGCCUCACGUUACUGUUGCGCGUUUGACCGCGUCCCUUCGACGUGCCUUCAACUUCAAUCAUCGCCGACGCUCUCGUGACGGGACGUACGCGUCGAUUCCAUUUCCAUAACCUCUCUAUCGGAAUCGCCAGAGACGAUUGAGCGUUCUGUUUACCAAAACUUUGUUAUCAAGAAGAAAGGAAGGUUUUUUUUCCAGAGUAGUAUAUUGGCGAUUAUUUAUCUAUCGUCAUUUAAUUGAGUCAUCAUGACAGGUGGAAACGCUACUGAGAAAUCGGCCAAUAAUCCCUUGGAGCAGUUCGUGCUGCUCGCGAAAACUGCGAAAGGCGCCGCUGCCAUCGAACUUAUAAGGCAGGCGGUCGAGACGCCAGGCGUUCACGUUUUUGGUGAAUUACUGGACAUGCCAAAUAUCAAAGAAUUAGAGAAUGGACCUUACGUCCAAUAUUGGAAUACCUUGAAUCUAUUUGCGUACGGCACUUAUAAGGACUAUUUGGAGAACAAAGAAAAAGUGUUAGAGUUAACUCCCACGCAAAAAAAGAAACUCCAGCAUCUCACAAUUGUUACUCUGGCGACAAAAAACAAGUGUAUACCUUAUUCAGUACUGUUGGAGGAGCUGGACAUAAAGAACGUCAGAGAUCUAGAGGAUUUGAUUAUCGAGGCGAUAUACGCUGACAUAAUCCAUGGAAAGUUAGAUCAGAAGAAUUCACAGUUGGAAGUGGAUUAUGCUGGUUUAGGUCGAGAUGUCCGGCCAGGUGAUACCGGUGUAGUAGCUGAAACGUUAGCUGCCUGGGGUGAAGCGUGCGAUACAGUUCUAUCGUGUAUUGAGCAACAAAUAUCUAAAGCUAACAUCGAAAAACAAAAAGCUACUUACCAUAAAGAAAGAAUACAAAGAGAUAUUUCAAAUAUAAAGAAAUCUCUCGCGGCUCAAGCAGGAGGUGGAGGCAUUCAAGAAGCUGAUAUGGCUGGUGGUAGUUCUGGUGCUGGUGGAAGUGAAGCGGGUAGAGAAGCUAUGCCGGUACUCUCAGAAAAGAAGAAGUUACAGAAAGUCAAAUGUAUCAAAGUCAGUGGAUCUGCUACUGAUCCACUAAUGGUCGAGGGGACAAGUUGGGAAUAGCCGAGAAUGUAUUAGGUGAAACCUUGUGGCAACCAAGUCGUUUGGAUACUCGUAUCUAUUUCUUUCCCCCCUCCCUCUUUUCUUUUUUUCUUUCUAUUUUAAUAUUAAAACAAACAUUUUCCUUGUAACUUUUAUAGCUUUGAAAAUAAAUAAUAUCUUUGAAUUGUCUUAUAUUUAUUGUAAGUUACAUAUAAAAAAAUAAAUUUAUGCUAAAUAAAAUGUUUUUCUCUCCUGCAUAAAAAUUUGUCUUAGAAAACAGAAAUAGUACACAGCAAUUACAUUGUUCAUUUUAUUUUGCAACUUUCAUUUUGAUGAAUACAUUACACUAUUAUGCUAUCUUUUUUCUAUUUUAAUUUAUAACGUAUUUAAAAUAUCUUUAAGUUGCGUGAAACAUAUAUAUAAUAUGUAUUAUUUUUGACAUUGCAUUGCAUUCGGAAUUUAUACGUUGCGUAAUUACUCUCUUACGCGAUUUUAUUAUAAUUCAAAAAGACACAAGGUAUGUUUUUUAUUCCUGCACUGCUGCACUAAGUUAGAAUGAGAAAAAAGUGCAGUAAGUUAGAAUGAGAAAAAAUACAUUUGUCUUAUUCUAACUUAUUGCACCAGUGCACCAGUGCAGGAAUAAAAAACAACCUGUAAUUAAAUUGGUUCCAUAUACGAGUUAACAUGAUAAAUUCUUAUUUCUGUAUGAUAUUAUAUGUACAAUUAUCCAUUUAUAAUGUAUUUAUAUAUGUACAUGCGUAUACGUAUAUGUAGUCAUACGUAUAUGUAAACGUGUAUACACAUAUGACUAUGAGUAUCUAUCAAGGAACGUCGCCAUUUUCUUAUAUAUUGGCUUUUACAUACAAUUUAAAUUUUUAUAAAUCUUAACAUAUCCAUUGCCCGCGUGACUCUUCGGAUUCGUGACUCUUUGAUCGGUUCGAAACCGUUAUAAACUAAAGACCAAUUUAAAACAUUUUAAAAAGUUGUCAAUUAAAUCAUUUUUACUUAGUAACUAUUGCAGCGGAAUUAUUUUUCAUAUUGAGACAGAGUGUCUCAGGCACGUGGGCAGUGAAUGUGUUAAUUAUUGUUUUAUUAAAAUGUACAACAAAUGUACAUUGAAAACUUCUUUCUAGUUUAAUAUUAUUCUCUUUUUAUUAAAAUUAGGUAUACGUAUGUAAUGAACAUGAAAAAUGUGAAUAUAUGUUAAAUGGUGAAUAUCAAGCUCAUUUGUAUUCAAAACCAAAUAAAAAAAGAAA